AUGGCUCAAUUAGCAGAAAACACGGUAUUAGAUGAAAGCAUUCAAAAAGUUGAAGUCUUAAAUCAUAAUGGAGAGACAACAAGUUUUUAUAAUGAAGUCGAAAAACAUAAAGAAAACAACGAAGGUAUUGUAGUUUUUACAUACCCAAAGGCAAAUACCCCAGGAUGUACAAAACAAGCAGAAUUAUUUAAAGAAAAACAUGAAGAAUUUGUAAAUAACAAAUAUGUUGUUUAUGGUUUGUCUGCGGAUACUGCUGAGGACCAACUCAAAUGGAAAGAAAAGCUAGAACUUCCUUACGAAUUAUUAUGCGAUGUAGACAAGAAUUUAUUGAAACUAUUAGGUUUAACAAGUGAAGAAGAUAAAACCGUAAGAUCUCACCUUGUUCUUAAGAACGAUUUUACCGUUUCUUAUGUAAAAAAAAGCGUGUCCCCAGGAAAGUCAGCAACCCAAGUUUUAAACUUUCUUGUGAAUGGUGACGAUGGAGGUGAUGGAAACGACGAAGUAGAAAAUGAAGAAAAUAAUAAUAAUGAAGAUAAGGAUAAUAAUGAAAAUGAUGAAGAAGAUGAUGUUCAAGGAGAAGUUGAAGGUGAAGGUGAAGGUGGUGAAGAGAAAACUGCAGACACCGAUAAAGAAAAACCAAAGAAAUCAUCCACCAGCACACAAAAGAAAAAAGGUAGUGUUAGUAGUACUGUUUCUAAAAAGUCCGUAAAAAAAAGUAACAAAGUUGUUAAAAAAAAUGUUAAAGUAAAAAAAGAAAUAAAAAAAAAAACAAAUAAAAAAGCUGAUAACAAAAAAGGAAAAAAUAUGAACAGCAAACUUAUGAAAAGCAAUGCUAAAGGUGCUAACAAAAAAGGUGGAAAAAAAAAUAGUGUUGUUAAAAAAGAAGACAACAAAAAAAAAGGAAAAAAUAAUAAUAAGAAAAAUAAAAAUCAAAACUUAAAAGAUUUAAAGAAAAAAAAUAUGAAAUCAGCAAAAGGAAGCGUCUCCUCAUCAAACAAAAAAUUAGCUAAAGGAUUAAAGGAUGCUGCGAAAAAAGCUGGAAAAAAAAUUGACAAAAAAAAAGAACAAGCUAACAAAAAAAAUAACAAUAACAAAAAUAAAAAUAAAAAUCUAUCCAAAGGAAAUAAUAUGAAACAUAACAAAAAACCAGCCAAAAAGGUCGUCAAGAAAAAGUAA